AUGGCUACUGUGAUCCAGAAAAAUGGUAUUAAAUCGCUUUCCAAUGGAAAUGGAUUAGUACACCAGCACCAUGAUUUGCAAGACUUGAAUGGCUACAGUGAAAUGGUCAACAACAUAGAAACCCACCAAUUGACUGAACAACCAGUGAUCAGUGAUAAUCAACAAACCGAAGAGCCAGAAAUUGACAUAGUGAUAAACAAUGUAGUAUGUAGUUUUAGUGUAAGGUGCCACUUGAACUUGCGAGAGAUCGCCCUUAAUGGUACAAAUGUUGAGUACCGUAAGGAGAAUGGCAUGAUCACCAUGAAGCUGCGUAGACCCUAUACCACUGCCAGCAUUUGGUCUUCGGGGAAGAUCACUUGUACAGGGGCCACCAGCGAACUAGCCGCCAAAGUGGCUGCACGUAGGUUCGCACGUUGCUUACAAAAACUCGGUUUUAAUGUGCGGUUUAACAAUUAUCGUGUAGUUAAUGUAUUGGGGACUUGCUCAAUGCCAUUUGCAAUCAAAAUCAAUUCUUUCUCGGAGAGGCACAAGGAGGCAGAUUAUGAACCUGAGCUUCAUCCUGGUGUUACAUACAAACUUACAACUCCAAAGGCAACAUUAAAAAUUUUUUCGACAGGGAGCGUUACAGUAACAGCACCAAGCGUGGCCGCCGUGCAGGCCGCCAUCGAGUACAUCUUCCCGCUGGUGUACGAGUUCCGCAAGGAGCGCACUAAAGAGGAGAUCGAAGCGUUGCUGGCGAAAAAACGACGACACUCGAACGAAGCCGAGGCGCAAAAUAACCGCUGCGAGAUCGUCGAAGAGGAGGACGACGACGCCGAAGCGGAGGCGGUCUCUGACAAGGACUGGGUUUAA